AUGGAGUGUCCUGAACCUAGUGAAUCAGUAAUACCGAAUGACCAAUCAACAAAAUCUUGCUCGAUUAAGUUGCAACCCAUGAAUAGGUUUCGUGAUAUGAGCAAAUUGCGUAAUUAUGAAAUCAUUCAAAAGUUGGGCCAAGGGACAUUUGGGGUAGUUCAAAAAGCCAGAAAUAUUAAAACGAAGGAACUAGUUGCAUUGAAACAGUUAAUAAACCAUUCAGCAAAAGAGGGAUUUCCAAUAACGGCUAUGAGAGAAAUUACCAUUUUGAAGAAAUUAAAUCACAAGAAUAUUUUGAAAAUAAUAGAUAUGAUAUAUGAAGAGCCGAAAAUUUCAAACCCCCAGGAUAUACUUCAUCAGCGUGGUUGUUUUUACACGGUUUCUCCUUAUAUGUGCUCUGAUUUAGUUGGCUUAUUGGAGAAUCCCAAUAUAAAUCUUGAAGUAUCUCAUAUUAAAUGUUUUAUGGAACAAUUAUUGCAUGGUAUUCAGUACAUUCAUGAGCAAAUGUUUUUACACAGAGAUAUAAAGGCAGCAAAUAUUCUCAUUGACCGUAAUGGAACAUUAAAGAUUGCUGAUUUUGGUUUGGCAAGAGUAUAUCAUGGGUCCCCUCCAAAAUUCAUGAGUGGACCUGGUGGUGGUGAGAGAGCUUAUACUGGGCUUGUUGUAACGAGGUGGUACAGGCCUCCGGAAUUAUUGUUAGGAGAGAGAAGGUAUACUACUGCAGUUGAUAUGUGGGGUAUUGGGUGUGUUUUUGGUGAAUUAUUUACGCGGAAACCAAUACUUGUUGGUAAGACCGAUUCACAUCAAGCGCAACUUAUAUUCGACUUGGUUGGACCUCCAAAUUCUAUAAGCUGGUCAGAAGCUACAAGUUUACCAAAUAAACAUGAUUUAAAUAUUGGUUUAACGUGCCAAAGAAGCUUAGAAUCAAAAUUUGCACCUUUAAUGAAUCCUGAUGGAAUUAAUUUGUUAUCUGGCUUGUUAACUCUUGAUCCAUAUAAAAGAUUCAAUGCAUUGGAUGCAUUGAAUCAUAACUAUUUCAAAAAUGAACCAUUGCCAAUGAAACCACAAGAAUUACCAAAGUUCGAAGAAUGUCAUGAGAUAGAUAAAGAGAGGUUUAAAUUACUAAGAGAAAAGAAGAAUAAUAUUCACGAAGCCAACAAAAUUCCCAAAGCACACUUUCCAAAAGGCCCAGGUGAAUACAAUAAUUCAAAUAACUAUCCUAGAAACCGAAAUGGUAGCUUCCCUUUAGCAUUACCAAAACAACCAAAGUUUUAUAAUCAACAUCAACAAGAAGCACACGUACCUCAACAAAUGCAUACUGAUACAUAUAUACCUAAAAAAAGGGAUGAUAAGCCCGGCGCCAAUGCUCCUCAAAAAGAAUCAAGUGAGCCGAUAACCUCGUACCAGAGUUUGAGAGAUAGGUCUCCGAGAAGAGAAGGUCAUAUAUCUCGAAAGCCUUCUACGACAAAUUCCAAUAAUAUCUCGUCUAAUUCGUCUGCAUCAAAUGUCGGUGGUACCUUAUCUAAUCCUACUCAUCAAAAAAAUCGCCCAAAUGCCAAGGCAUCUGCUGGUAUAUUCAUGACAAACUCAAGGAAACAAAGACCCAAACCGAAUCCGCAGUCAUCUUCAAGAAAUGUUUCUGACCAAUUUAAGAAACGUAAACUCCUUCCUGACGAGCAGAAUGAAAGUGAUUUAACGGAUUUUGACGAAGACGUCAAGGAUAGUAAGCAGUUAGAUUCGUUUCUAGACUGGGAUACGUUCACAAGGUCACCCGAAAAUAGGAAACUACAACAUGAGAAGAAGCAGUUCGAAACAAAAUAUAGUUGA